UGAACCCAUGCCCCGGAUGUGAUAUCCCACUGCUGUUUGUUUCUGCACAACGUCAGAAACGGGGAAAGAUGCCUUUGCCUGUGCAAGUAUUUAACUUUCAGGGGGUUGUGGAGCCCAUGCAGAUAGAUGCAGACCCACAGGAGGAUCAACAGAAUGCACCAGACGUCAACUAUGUGGUGGAAAACCCCACUCUGGAUCUGGAGCAGUAUGCCUCCAGCUACAGUGGUCUGAUGCGAAUCGAGAGGCUGCAGUUCAUAGCAGAACACUGUCCCCAGCUCCGCGCAGAGGCCCUGAAGAUGGCCCUCUCAUUCGUCCACAGGACCUUCAACGUGGACGUGUAUGAAGAGAUUCACCGCAAGCUCACAGAGGCCACCAGAGAGGUCCAGAGCGUUCCGGAUGGCGUGGUGGAAGGCGGCCCAGUAGACCCUCCACCCCUGGACACAGCAUGGGCUGAGUCUACCAGGAAAAAGGCCCUGCUCAAACUAGAGAAACUGGACACUGACCUGAAGAACUACAAAGGCAACUCCAUCAAAGAGAGCAUCAGAAGGGGCCACGACGAUCUUGGCGACCACUACUUGGACUGCGGUGACCUCAGCAACGCCCUCAAGUGCUACUCCCGUGCCAGAGACUACUGUACCAGCGCCAAGCAUGUCAUAAACAUGUGUCUUAAUGUCAUUAAGGUUAGCGUGUACCUCCAAAACUGGUCCCAUGUCCUUAGUUAUGUCAGUAAAGCUGAAUCUACACCAGAGAUCGCGGAGCAACGAGGGGAGCGAGAUUGUCAGAGUCAGUCGGUUCUCACCAAAUUAAAAUGUGCUGCAGGCCUUGCUGAGCUGGCCUCUAGAAAGUACAAACAAGCCGCCAAGUGCUUCCUGCUGGCCUCAUUUGACCACUGUGACUUUGCUGAGCUUCUUUCCCCCAGUAAUGUAGCUGUAUAUGGAGGGAUGUGUGCCCUCGCUACCUUUGACCGCCAGGAGCUACAGAAGAAUGUCAUCUCAAGCAGCUCCUUUAAAUUAUUCUUAGAAUUGGAACCUCAGGUCCGUGACAUCAUCUUUAAGUUCUACGAGUCAAAAUAUGCUUCCUGUCUCAAAAUGCUUGACGAGAUCAAGGACAACCUGCUGUUAGACAUGUACCUGGCACCCCAUGUACGAACCCUGUACACACUGAUCCGAAACAGAGCCCUCAUACAGUAUUUCAGCCCAUACGUGUCUGCAGACAUGACCAUGAUGGCCCAGGCUUUCAACACCACCGUGUUGGCUCUGGAGGACGAGCUGACCCAGCUCAUACUGGAGGGACUCAUCAACGCACGCAUCGACUCCCACAGCAAGAUUUUGUAUGCACGGGACGUGGAUCAGAGGAGCCACACGUUUGAAAAGUCCAUCCACAUGGGCAAGGAGUUUCAGAGGCGAGCCAAAGCUAUGAUCCUACGAGCUGCCGUGCUGCGCAACCAGAUUCACGUCAAGUAGGUUCAUUUGGCAGACACUCUUAUCUAGAGUGAGAAUUGAGUCUCCACCCAGAGAGGGCAGCCAGGGGGAACUCAACUCUGCCAACAGCCAAUCACGAAUGAGCACCAACAUGUGAACAUCCCCGGGAGACCUUUACCUUAAAGGAGGUUACGGGGGUCUCCUCCAGAGGAGCCAGGCAUCCAUCUCUGAGGACCCUCCUCUUCCUCCUCUCACUCAGUGCUGCAUCUCUUGCCUGCUAAAAGAAAUAAUCAAACAAAUCCAGCAGUGAACAUCCAGCGGGCUGCCUCUCAAACGGCCACCCCUACUAUGUUUGAGAUGUGUUAAGUUUGGUCAGUGUUCACAGGGCUCUGGUUAAACUCUGUUCACUAUAUAGUGAAUUGAGGGUCCACGUGGCUCUUCUAAAAGUCCCUUCACUAUAUAGUGAGUUAAGGACGCGAUUUGGGAUGCUGCUGUGACUGUCUGAAGUGAGCAUUGGCUGUCUGUAGACUACAGACACUUGAUCAGCAACUUGUGUGCAUGUGUGUGUUCAUGUGUAUGUAUGUUUGUGUGUUUGUGUGCGUGCGUGCAUGUGUGUGUGUGUGUGUGGAAGUGUGGGGGAGUGGGAGUUAGGUGGUGCUCAGUCGCUUCACAGUUCUGUCGUCUUUCUUUGUAUAAGAUGCACUUUUUGUUUAGCUAUUCUUCUCUUUUUCUCACGAUGACAGACUUUGAAUGCACCCACUGAGAAAUAAACAGAACACACACACACGCACACACACUUCAGAACCAAUGUCCACAAGGUCUGAUUUUAAAAUAAAUGUGAAUGAAAAUCCC